AUCACUUUUCACACCUUGGGAUGCGCGCAUAUUGUGUCCGUUUUAAAAUAAAACAGUUUAAAAUGGUUAUAUACAUUCUUAUUUAGUUUAUUAACGCUAUUUGGGCCUCUUAAUUAUAAUAAUAUAUUGAAUCCAAUUUACCCAAUUAUUGUAAAUGUGUUAGGGAUUCGUUAUUUUUUUUCAGGCUGCACUUAAUAACGCAUUCUUACGUUUUCAAAAAAAAAGACCUUACACACAAUUGCUUGCGCAUACUUGCAAUUGUCGAAGAGUUAAUAUUUACAAAUAAUCUUACAAAAACUGAAAGGAAACGGAGGUUUUGAAUAAUUUAUCGGUCUGUACAAGUGAGAGUAGUGUGUAGUUGUUUGUAGGACAUGGGUCACUGUGUGUGGCUUCACACAACCGGAACAGAAAACACAGCGCCGUCACCGGUGCCAAACAAACCCGAGCUCCUGACACACGGCGAGGCGCAGUGUGCUGCUGCCCAGCUCAGAGACUGUCGGCGGAUACUUCAGCAGCUCCAGUUCGCUCAGCUGCUAUCAACUUCUUACCACAUACCAGGAAAACAACGCAGUGUCGCCUGCAAGGACAAUCACCCACACGGAGAGACUGAGACGGAGGAAAUGGCCACAACAACAGUGGCUGAAGCUGAGCCCACAUCUCCCGAUGCAGCUAACCCUUUCUCAGGUGUUCAUGAUCCAGGUUGGACUGACUCUCAGUUUCGCAAAUACCCUUUCCAAACUAUACAAAUCCCACGUCUUUCUCAUACGGACCCCCGAGCAGAGAUCCUAAUCAAUAAUGAGGAACCUGUUGUGUUAACAGAUACCAACUUGGUUUAUCCAGCACUCAAAUGGGACAUCAGUUACUUGCAAGAGAACAUUGGCAAUGGGGACUUUUCUGUGUACAUUUCUGAAAACCACAGAUUCUUAUAUUAUGAUGAGAAGAAAAUGUCAAACUUUGAGAACUUUGUGCCAAAGUCACGCAGAAUAGAGAUGAAGUUUUCCGAGUUCGUAGAAAAGAUGCACCAAUCAGAGGCGCUGGAUGGAACACAGAGACUAUACUUGCAGCAGACCUUAAAUGACACGGUUGGGCGAAAAAUUGUCGUGGAUUUUCUGGGAUUCAACUGGAACUGGAUCAACAAACAGCAAACCCAGCAAAACUGGGGGCAGCUAACCUCAAACCUGCUCCUCAUAGGCAUGGAAGGCAACGUGACGCCAGCACAUUAUGACGAGCAGCAGAAUUUCUUUGCACAAAUCAAAGGUUACAAGAGAUGCAUCCUUUUCCCACCAGACCAGUUUGAGUGUCUCUACCCUUACCCUGUUCAUCACCCAUGUGACAGGCAGAGCCAGGUUGAUUUUGAAAACCCUGAUUAUGAAAAGUUUCCCAAAUUUAAAAAUGCCUUUGGAUAUGAGGCUGUUGUUGGACCAGGCGAUGUGCUGUACAUUCCUAUGUACUGGUGGCAUCACAUUGAGUCCCUGUUAAAUGGAGGAGUAACUAUCACCGUCAACUUCUGGUACAAGGGUGCACCCACUCCAAAGAGGAUAGAAUACCCACUGAAGGCCCAUCAGAGGGUGGCCAUUAUGAGGAACAUUGAGAAGAUGUUAGGAGAGGCCUUGGGGGACCCACAUGAGGUUGGUCCAUUGCUGAACAUGAUGAUCAAGGGGAGAUACGAGCAGGAUCCGAGUUAAUCAGCAGUUUACCUCCAGUGUGCUUUUGUAUAGUAGCGAAUAGGGAUGUGGAUGGAUGCUUGUCUGUACAUUCAUAUUGUUCGGUUAUCUGCAUGGCAGUAGUUUGGCUGCAUACAUUUCAGUCUGCUUUGAAUAUCUCGAGCUGUUAUGUCUGCUGACUGAAGGUACCACUAGAGAGAAUUGAUUUGCUCCGUCUUUUGAGUUCUCAUAAUGUUCUAUGUACUGAUUUAGUUAUAUGAUGCAGUGUGGGAGAAAAUAAACCUUCAGAGCACACACAUUCAGUGCCCCUGCAAUAGCACCUAUUUUUGUUAUUUGUUACCUUGUCAAAAUAGUCAAAACACGACUGUCAGUUUUAAAGAGUGCUUCCAGCAAGCCAAGCUGUGUUACUUUAACAAUGGCAGAUUUUUACUGUAUACUGUAAUUUAUGCAGGUUAUAAAGUUACACUUUUGAAAUCAGUGCCGAUCUCUCCCACCCCCAUUUAAGCCUCUCUUUAACACCCCCAAAAGAGUGUAGCAUUCAGUCACAGUAGUGAUGCACAGAAAAUGUUUGAAACCCCUGAAGGAAUGGGACUGUUAAUAGGAUUUAAAAAAAAUAAAAUAAAUUAACUUUGAUAAUUGCUAAAAAAAAAAAAAAAAGUUUUAAUUCUUUUUGUGCACAUUAAGUCAUGUGCUUGUUUGACCUGUGCAUUUGUUUGAAUGUAAUCUUAUUUUACCCGUGGUACACUUUUUAGGACUUAAUUGCAAGCUAUGGCAAACAUUUCAUUUACUGUAUUGAAAGACUGUCGAGUCUUUGUGUGUGAAUUCAAUAAAAAAUGUGUUCUAUGGUACGAAUGUAAUCUGUCCCACAUAGGAAUGAUGCUUCUUUGUGUAAUUACAGUGAAUCUAAAGGUCAACAAUAGGCGACUUCACAAUCAUUAAAGAUGCUACUCGAAUCCACAUGUAAAAGGAAACACAAAGAAAAGUCCAAGUUGCUUAUUGUCACAGUUUAUUUGCCUAAUUGAGAUCUGAUUCACUAACUACUUUCCAAAUGAGUCUGUUUUGCAUUUAGGCUUUUUUUUUUGGUAAUGUAGAUUUAUUAACCUGUCUUCUGUUUAUCUUCAGUCACAGAAUGUUUAUGAUGAUUUCAAUGACAGAUUUCUGCACACAAGAGAAGUUCAUAUUGAUCGUUAUUCUUCUACAGUGAUUAUUGCAGAAAGGUGAAUUAUUUUGUGGAUUUUGUGGAGAGACUUUGCAUAUUUGGUUUUGUAAAUGCUUACUUUGUAUGUGCCAAAUUGAUUUGUGAUUGAAUUGUUUAUAUAU